UUCUCAGGUACGUUAAUGUCACAUAAUUUAUAUUUUUGCACUUUUGAGUUGAAGAAAAAAUGUUGAGAAAUAUGAGCGGUGAGGGACAUUUAUCCAGCGGGCAGGGUUCGUCCUCCACGGCCGGGCGUGGAGUCACCUCUCCCGGGUUGGACGGACAGGAAAGCUCGUGGAUCGGCCUGCUGCCUCGGGCCACGAUGGCAUUUCUGCAACGAUAUUUCCUGGGAAGACCACCAACCCCGAAGCGGUCUGAAACAGGAGCCGGAUGGAUCAGUGGGGGUUUAAAAACCAGCUUUGUUGACGAGGAAACAGGGUUUUUAAGACUGGACGACAUGAUGCCGCUCACACAGCACCCGGCUCCUCACCUGACAUACCUGCGGUGUCAGCACGAGGGAGCAUCCGGUCAACUGGAGCCGAGAGGCAGCAGCAGGGUAACGUGGUUGACCGCUGAUUCUCUGCAGGAAAUGGGGAUUCAAGCAACCUCAGAAGAAGAAAUGGACUUAAAUCUCUGCCAGCAAACCCAGAUUGGAUACUUGUCUUCUUCUGUCGGGACUUUUUUGAGCCAUGUGCUGUUGAGCUCGGAGUCAUCUCAGGAAAUAAAGCCCCCAGGUGGGGGUAAAAGCAGGACGUGGUGGGGCAGCUUCUGGGUGGGCGAGGAGAGCAGCAAAACAAAAGCACCCGAAACAACAACCGAUCCGUUUGGGGGAUGGACGCUGGGAGAAAACGCUGGACCGACUGACCUCAAAGAGGUCAACAAUGGAGGCCUUCAAACAGUCCAGAACACCGAGAGGUCCACCACGGACCAUCGGCUCACCAUCAGUAACCACCACCUGAGCUGUUCAGGAGCUGCCGUCGCCUGCAGUGAGGCGGCACUUCCGACCCCAGAUCAGGACAAUGGUUACUCCAGUCUGGAGGAGGAACACUUCCAGGUUUGUCACCUGAGCGUGGCCAAAGCCCAGAGUGAAGAGCAGCAGCAGCCGGAGGAGGAAGAGGCCGAUUCGGCUGAAAUUAGUGCCGCCGUCAAGACAGAAAUGGAGGAAGAGACCUCUGAGGAGGAAGAAAAGGAAGAGUCCGUGGAGGCUACCGCGCUCACCAACCCCGAGUGCCAAAAUAAGGCCAUCGCCUUCAUCAUGGGCUGCCCCUGCAGUGACGACGACAGCAACAGCCAAUCAGAUGGGGAGUCCAGUGAUGAUGAUGAUGAUGAUGCUGGCUUUGACAGCGAGGGCUCGUCUGAUGAGUCCGACUCGACCGACGACGAAGAAGAAGAUGAUGACGAAGAGGACGAUGAAGACAGCGAGGUGGACUCUGAGGCGGAGCGCCUGUGGAGCUCUCUGUGCCAAAGUGUGGACCCAUACAACCCCAGUAACUUCACCGCCCAGCUGCACACCGUCACCUCCUCCCCGCCCAGGACCAUCCCCACCUCCACGCCUCCGUCCUCCGCCCAGUCCACCCCGGCCUCCUCUCCUCCCUCUCUCCCUCCCUCCACCCUCACCUCCUCCUCCCCUCCGUCCGGCAGCGACUUCUGGGACGACUCCACCUCCGCCAGCGAGGUGGACGAAGCUGAAAGCCUCCGCCUGUUGAGCUCCUUCAGCUGCUCCUUGGACCCUUACAGCCCACUUAACUUCCAGGCAACGCUCAUGACUCAAAGGCCCGUCCAGAAGGCAGGGUCCAGGACCAGGACCACCAGGGCAAAGAAGGAGGCCUCCCAGAGUCCUCCUCGCUUCCUCCGCCAUAACCCGGCGUCUCCACCUGAGUACAGGAAAGAGGAGGCUGAGGAGAGGCUGGACAGUGGCUUCUCUGAACCCUCCACCUCCUCCGGCUGCUCCACCUCACAGAGCUGCAGCACGACCAAGAAGGUCCGUUUCUGUGACGACGUGGAGGAGUUCUUUGCCAGCUGUGGUGAGGAGGAGGACCGGCGGGGUCCCUGGGAGGAGCUGGCCCGGGACCGCUUCCGGUUCCUGAGGCGCUGCCAGGAGGUGGAGCAGAGCAUCGCCUUCUGUCUGCAGCCACAGCACCGACACCUGGUGUACCGCCGCCUCGUCUCCGUCCUCUACGUCCAGGACGCCUGAGGACCAUCGAUCUGUCCUCUACGUCCAGGAAAACUGAGGGAUGAUCUGUCCUUGAUGUCUGAGCUCAAUCUGUCUUUUUCAUCCUGGACACCUGAGGACAAUUGAUUCAUCCUCUACCUCCUGGACAACUGAGGGAUGAUCUUUCCUCUCUGUCCUUGAUAUCUGAGCUCAAUCUGCCCUCUGUCUUGGACACUGGAGGACAAUUGAUUUGUCCUAUAUGUCCUAGACAACAGAGGACAAUCAAUCUGAUCUGUCCUCUACGUCCUGGGACCUUGUAGGUCAAUACCUGUCCUACUGAGGAAAUGAAAAGCUGCACUUGUUGAGCAGUGAGACACUAUAGAGACACAGAGGACAUGUGGAUAGACUGAGAGCUGCUGGACUCUUUACUGACUGACUUCUUCUCUGUUUUGUUUCUGCAGCUUCGUCUCUGGACUGAAACACGAUUCAAAGCCGCUUCAUGACCGACUGCUUUAGUAAAGUACUGGCUGGUGUCCUGAAGCGCUUCACUGUUAGAGAAGUCGUCACCGUGUCCUGGUGGGACAGCGUCCUCCUUUUUAUUUUUAUUUCUGGAGAUGGACAGACGUCUAAAAAUAUCUGCAGCUGUUCUGUUUGUGUAAUCAUCCAGUUUACAUUUUCACUUUUAGUGCUGAUGAUUAAAUCACAGAAACAAGUGGCUGUUUUUAUCGGAAAGAAAAGAUUAAAAACAGUUUUUCUUAUGUAUGUAAAACAUUAUUUAACUCUUCAGACCCCCAGAAAUCCAUCAAAUGAAACGACGUUGUUUUCAUUAUAGAUUUAUAUUAUUAGAUAAACUAAUUAUUCAUCAUUUAUCGUCAAAAAAUAGUGAAAAAUGUCCUCAGAGUCCAGUCUUGUUUUGUUCGACACCGGCAGAAAGUCAGUUCACUGAGAUAUAUAUGAUAUAUAUUUACAUUUGACAGACUGUUAAAAAUGGAGUAACCGAUCAUCAGACUGGAUCCACUAAUGGCUGAAUUGAUUCUAAUGAUUUCAGCUCAACAUGAAACAUUAAAUUAAUUGUUUUAUUAUUAUUGAUCUAAUCAGCAGCUUCUUUCUGUGACUCGGAGGUACAGUUGAGGACUUCCUGAUGACUCGUUCGUCUUUACAGAAGAAGAACCGGAUGAAACCAGUCUGAGGACGAUUCAGGUGUUUCUCUAUAAGCUUCUAGUUUAACUUCAAAGCCAAAGAUUUAAAGCUCGUCUGUGAGUGACGGGAGGUCGAACUGAAGUGUUUGAAUCAGAUCGAUUUGCAUGAAUCGAUCUCAUUAGUGUAGAAUAAAGCUCCUCUACCUGCUCCUCCCACUAAUCACUGAUGAUCAAUAGUGUUCUUCCUCUAAUCAGUAUAUUAAUCAGAGGUAUUAACGUUCCUUCACACCUGAAGAAGAAGAAGUGUUAAUUAAUAAACUGCUGCGCGACAGCUUUAAACUUUUAAUUAUUAUUUUAAUUCAGAACUAAGACCACGAAUGUUGGCUGUAGUAUUGAUUUGAUAUAAUUUAAACAUUUAUGGGUUGAUUCUAAAGUGAAUGCAUCAUGUCGAAUGUGGAGGAAAAAAAACAUCUAAAGAAGUGAAUAAAACUAACAGUUACUAAUUUAAUCAAUUCAUUCAUAUAAAAGGGAGAUAAAUGCACUAUUAUAAAUUCUCUGCUCAGAUAUUCAGUAACAGAAUCUAUUUUUGGGGAACUUGUAUUAAUAACAUUCUAACGUUGUUCCUCAAAUCUGGUCUUUAUUAAAAAAAUAUUUUUUAUUGAACUGUUCGCAUGAACGUGUUUGCAUUUCCUGUAAAUCCUACAGAUUAAAAGACCUGUUAAAUGCUUUUAUUGUGAAGCUACAUCAGUAGGAAAUGUUCGUAUUGCAAACAUAUUGCCGUUGCGUGACCUCCUUCAGCUUCAACAGAUACUGACGUCUUAAUUUACAUGAAAAUCCUUUGAGAGACACUUUUAACCUUAAAGACGUGACCUGAAACUGAAAAAAAUACAAAUGUUUAUUUUCAUGAUCUCCUUUUAUCUAAAAAAACAAGAGGAACCGACAGUUGGCUUCAUUCAACAACUCAUCGUUACUUUAAGAGCUGAAGUGGAUGAUAUGUUUGAGGUUAUUAAUCCUGAGUCAGGAGUUAAAUAGUCUGUUAAUAUAUAUAAAGAAACAUGUAGACACGAGGAUCAUCUGACACAUGUUUGGUGUUUGUCAGCUGAUGUUGUCAUGAGGAAGGAAAAUGACACAUUUUAAAUGUUUUUAAAGGAGUCCAACAGGAGGCGCAGGUGGAAACAGGAGGAAUCUUUUGGUGUUUAUUUUAGUCGUAAGAAAAGCUUUUUAUUUUUCUAAUGCUUUGUGUGGUGGGUAACUAAUUCUGCGUCAUCGCUUCCUCACAACUCGAUACGAGCGAUUUGAAUAUUAAAUCAAUAUUUAAUAAUC